GGCCGUUGCUGCUCCUCGCGCUCGCAGUUGAAGGCGAAGCGCGGCUCGCGGUGCCCUCGCGAAACUCUCUCCUCGUCACUUGCUGCUGCUGCACCCUCCCGCCAACUAAAGUCGUCCACUCUCCAUCCUCAUCCAUCCUCCUCGUCUCGUGCAGCCGUCACCUCGUGGACUCGACCCCACGUGCCCUCGGCGUUGGCGCUUCGACUCGACCCAGAGACGCGCCGUUCGGAUGUCACAGAUAUAAACACUCCCGCUACCCCGCAAGACUACGGGAGGUGCCACGGCCAUGUGAACGUAUGCGCACCAUUCAUCUGAUCGUACGAUGAGAACGAGAAUCUGGACGUGAGCGUUGUUGGGACCGUGUUCGCUGGCACGGUGUGCGAAGCUUUCGCGCGGAAGACGAUGGUGGCGCACCACUCCCUUGUGCGUUAGCGUUUGCAGCCUUCCCGCAGCGACGAUGGCCGGUGGCGUGAUGGCUUUCCCGGCGGUGUUUUUCCUGCUGGCGCUCGUCCUCCUGGCGAGCUUGGCGGGAGGUCAGUCGGGCGUGCCGUCCACCACGCUGGACUACGGGCAAGUUCCUACGGCCACGUACGUGACCGACACGAACUACGACGCCGGCGCCAUCGGGACGCUCUUCUUGAUGGUGCACAAGUUUCUGGACCUCGUUCAGCCGAAUUCAUUUCCUCACGAGCUACUCGCCAAAGCUUUGAAGCAAGGUUUUGGAGUCGUAAACAAGGACUAUCACCAGGCUGAGAGAGUAGUCUUGAUGCUCAAGAUCAUCUACUAUGAGCUCGGCUUCAUCGUGUGCGCGGCAUUGGGCGUCGCCUUCCUGCUGCUGCUGCCGCUGGUGGGCUGCUGCCUGUGCAUGUGCCGCUGCUGCGGGAACUGCGGCGGAGAGAUGCACCAGAGGCAGCGGAAGAACGCCGACUGCAAGCGCAGCUGCUUCGGCGCCACGCUCUUCCUCGUCACGCUCGUCAUCGCGGCGGGCAUUGUGUGUGCCUACGUGGCCAACCACAACGUGACCAACACCGUCCGGCAGUCGGAGACCCUGCUGUCGAGCAACUUCAAGGACGUGCGCACCCUGCUCAACACUACGCCCGGCCAAAUCGACUACAUCGUUGAAAAGUACAACAUCACGAAGGACAGGGCGGUUUCCGAUCUCGACCAGGUGGGACCAUUGCUGGGCCAGAGGAUCCAGAGUCGGCUGGGCACGAAGGUUUAUCCCGCGCUGCAGGCUGCCCUACAGAUGGCCAACGUCACUGGGGGGAAAAUCACCAAAGUGAUGUCGGCGACGCGCCAGGCGCUGCUGGACGUCAACACGUCGCUCUCGGUGCUGCGCGACGGCACCGAGAGGCUGCAGAGGAACUUGACGACCGUGCGCAACAGCCUUAACGCGACCCUCAAUGACCCCAUGUGCCAGAGGGCACAGCAGUGCGCCGCCAUGUCGGCGCAGCUCGUCGUGCUGGAUAUCCACGCCGACUUCAGCUUGCUGCAGGACGUGUCCCGGGAAUUGGAGCAGGUGAACAGACUGCUAGACACCAACAUUACAGCGAUGGUUGACAAGGGUUACGCAACUUUUAAUGACACGCCUGAAAUCAUCACACAGCAAACGAGGAACAUCGCUGCAGGCGUGAAGGAUCUACUGGACAACGUGGGCGCCAGCAUCAAGACGACGGCGAAGCAGCUGCCCAUUCAGGUCAUAGUGAACAACGGCACCCAGUACCUGGACAUGGGGCAGGCGCUGGUGCACAAGCACCUGCCCACGGUCGACCAGUACAACUUCUACAGGUGGCUCGUGUGCAUCGUCCUGUGCUCGCUCGCGGGCCUCGUGGUGCUCUUCAACCUGUUGGGCCUGCUGUGCGGGGCGUGUGGCUACGACAAGCACGCGACGCCCACCACGCGCGGCUGCAUCUCCAACACCGGCGGAAACUUCCUGAUGGCUGGCGUGGGCUUCAGCUUCAUCUUCUCGUGGCUGCUGAUGCUGGUGGUGACGCUCACGUUCGUUCUGGGCGGGAACGUGGAAAAGCUUUUCUGCCAGCCCUUGGCUGACAAGAACCUCUUUAAGUUCUUCGAUACGCCCAAUCUGUUCAAGCCGAAGUAUCUCUUGCCAGGAGUUCUCUUCAACAAGCCAGACCUGAACAUGACCAUUGAGGGCGUAUACAGUGAUUGCAAAAUGAACAAAGGGAUUUAUUCUGCUUUUCAACUCUCAAAUCUAUUCAACUUGGACAGCCUCCUGAACAUAACUCAGUAUACGAAUGACAUCACGAGCAAAUUUGACCCCAUCAAUGUAAACCUCUCGGACAUGAAGCUGCUGGAACCCAGUGUCAAGCAGAGCCUGCUGGACUUCGCCGCCACAGGAAUCGACAAAAUCGACUUCAGCGCAUUCACCGCAGAGCUCAGCAAAGGCAUUACCAAGGUUGAUCUGCUUCUGUUUGCCGAUGAACUCAGUGAAAAAGCUAACAACCUGAGCGGGGCACUGGCUAACGCGCUGCGGGGACAUGCGGCAAGCAUCCGCUGGAUUCACUAUAACCAAGUGGUAGUUCUCAACAGCAGCAUGAAAUAUACUGGAGCAAGGAGUACUUUGAGCAAGAGUUUGAAUUCUCUCCAGAGGACAUCCCUUGCUCUGCAGAGUGAGAUUACAGAAGUCAUUGACAAAUUGGACAUUGCCCAGAGUCUCAUCAAUAACAAUGCCUCACAGGUUAUCAUUGGGGAAACGAAGACCUAUAUGAAGACUAUAAUAGGAUACUUUGAGAGUUACGUUACUUGGACAAAGUUUUCCAUUUCCAACAAGGUGGCCACCUGCAAACCGGUCUCCAAUCUGGUCGACUCUGUGGACAUCAUUGCGUGCAGCUACGUGAUGGACUCGCUGAACGCGUUUUGGUUUGGCCUCGGUUGGGCGACGGUGUUUUUAAUUCCGAGCAUCAUUUUUGCCGUGAAGCUGGCAAAAUACUACCGGCGCAUGGACACCGAGGACGUGUACGAUGAAGAUGAACACAUACCUAUGACCAACCCCUACUGUGGAGAGAGCUGGGAGCGUUGUCCCCGAGCCUUGACCCCUCCCAGGCAAGCUGAGUGGGGAGAGCAACCCUAAGAUAACCAGGGUAUGGAUUUGAUUGACCAGCCAAUAGUGUAACGGGAUGAAGAUGGCAGUGAGGAAAUCGGUUCGUUCUGGCGGUGGUGUGGAACCGCGACAAGAAUUCGACAUGUUCUUGAAAACUGUAAACUCUCCACUGUGCUGCAGUGUGCCUGUGGAGCUAUUUUAAUUGCUUUAUCAUUGGCUGGAUUUUUUUUAUACACAUUAUUUUACGUGACAAUGUAACUUUGUUUUUUACCCGAGAAUGUCAACCCUUUAGCAGUAAAGUAAGUUGAGUGUAAAAUAAAUACAGCUAUGCUUGAGCACUCUAGCGCAAGCUUACCCAAUAAAUAGCGUUGUUGUUUUCCGCACGUCAAACGUUCCUCUUUCCUGGUGUUUUGUUAUGUUGAUUUGGUUUGUUUUGUUGAGUCUGUGGGAGCGCCAACACUGCAGCCACAUCGCGUUCAAGAAUGAUGAAAGCAGUAAACAAUUUCUGUACAUUAAAAAGCAGUAACAUAGAUGACAGUUGUAUUACAAGUACUGCUAUGACUUGUUCCUACGUUCUUUGAUGCUUACCUUGUUUUUAAGUCCUGCAAGUCCCUUGCCAUGUAACCAAUAUUUGGCAGACGCUGUAUAAGCUUGUCUUGCACUAGAUAUAUUGAAUGUGUAGCAUGUAUAUUUUUGUGUUAUAACAACACCAUACACCUUACAUUUGUACAGUAACUCACACAGUCGUAGUUUUAUAUUUUAUUGAUUAAAUAACAUUGCUCGGUUUAUUCUAUAAGGAAAAGAUGGCAGCCUUCACCACCGAGCUCCAUCCUUAAGAGUCUGCAGUUGAAUUGCCUUGGGGCAAAUUGAAAACUCAUUUCUCUAGAACUGUUUUUGUGUUUAGUUUGUUGUCCUUCCCCCGCACCUCAGAUUAUUAUCACGGUUGGCUACAUACGGUGCGAAAGAAGUUCAACAUACACACGUUUAUAUACAUCCACUUGCAGCACAUCGUGGCAUCCCCACAAGUGUACAUUUGGCUUUCAUUAGUUUUGUACUCUUGUCUCUUUUUUUGUUAAAAAAAGGAAACUGUGGUUCAGCCGAUUUAAUCGCACUGACAGCACAUGAUGAGGCCAGUGUAGUAACUCCCAACUGCCCCCCCCCCAUGUACAACAAUCUAAUGCAGUGCUCGCCAAUAUAACUUGAACACUCUCUGAGUGUGAUUCGGAUUUUAAAUGAUUUCAUUUGGAGCCCUCGUCGUUUACAUGAUGUUUAGCGAAGUCCUGAGUCCAAUCCCUCUUGCUUGCGAUGGACAGAUGUUCCGCGUAGAAAAAAAGUCUGCUGUGGAACAACAAUCAACAGUAGGCAAAGAUGAAUAAUAUUUGUUCAACAACUUCUCAGACGAAUUAAUUUAUAAACUUAAGUUGUUUUAUUUUCAUGUAUGCUAAAAUUAUGUUUUCAUUAUUUUGCUUGAAACAUUAACUUUCAUUUUAUUGAUGAUUAACGAUUUUAUUAAGGUUGGUUUUCCUGUGUGCGAGUGGAAGGAUACACAUAGAGUGCAGAUUGAUUAUGUAGUUCUUAUUUAUUUUACUAGAAUAUAUAAAAGAGAUUUAGAGUUUUAUGUCAUCUAUUUAUAUUUUUAAAUAGAAAAGUAUUUGUCAUAUGACUACUACUACGAAAAUGUAUGUUGAUUGUAGGUAUACAAAGUUCAAGUGAUGGUCGUGGAAAUUUUCUAUCACGGUUUAAUAUUCGUACAGUGCACCAUUAAUGAACAAUUCAUAUUUCAAGUUGUAUUCAAGUACUGUCACAUGAACACACGCAACCACAUCGUAUAAUGUGGGUGUCUGUACCGUAGCGAAUUACCACGAUUAACUGUACACUGCCACUUAAAGAGAGCGAAAACUGUUGCUUAAAAUUGCUGCCUACAUGUAUGCACGUAGCAUCACAGCGCGAGUUUUAAAAAGUAUAAAAGUUUGAACAAAAAUAUUAAACCGUUAUAACAUUCGCAUACGCGUGCACAUUCAUUAUAAGAGCGCAGCGUUCUGCCACCAAACGCCGGUGGAUUCCACUCCCAAGUUUGACAUCGCAUGUUAUGGGGGCCCCCACGUUAUGGCCCCACUUGGCCAGCUUGUGUACCGUUGUGUUCUCUUACUUUUGAAACGACGAAUGUGAAGACCACGUAGGUCUAAGAGGGGUGGGCAACUAUUUGUAUGAUCAAACGGACAAGGGUUGUCGGUGUUCCCACUUUUGGGAGGUUAUUGCCCGAGGAGCAGCCAUGGGGCACGAUUCCAGCCCAUCUCGAACCACAGCACAACUCCCCACCACAACGGGCUGCUGUCGUGUUCAUGGCCUGAAGAAAGGCAGCCACAUUCGUUUGGCAUUUAUUUUUCAGAGGUUAUAGAGGCACGGGUGCAUUUUUGUAUUGCCGGCGGAAAUUAACGUACGGAUGAAACUAUCUUUUUUUUAGCUAACUGCGUAUGUAAUGUAGAAUCUUCUGCUUACAAAAUUAAGGCGAGGUUGGCAGGGGGUGGCUGUCAUAUGACUGAGCCAGUCACGUCUCGAAAAUGUAAGCGAUUUUUUUUCACUCCCGAAUUGGCAACUUUGACGAAUGCUGCAAAUGAAAAUUGACAUUGUAAGUGGCAAUAGUUGUAACGUUACAGCCUUUGCAUACUCUAUUUUAGAAUAUCUUUGUAAUAUACACACCUUUCAAAUGUUCCACUGCCUACGCGGGUGUGCUGCAUGGCUCUCCGAUGCGUUUGCGGGUUGUACCACGAGUUAUUGGGCGAAAUGUCCGACGUUUCGUUCCUAGCUGUGGGAGCUUGUGCAGGAAUGAUCGCACUGCGUGGUGGGAGAGCUUCGGCAUAAAUGAGUUAACAUUGGAGAGCGAUGCAAAUGUUCCCGCUGUGUAGAAUACCUGAUCUGUACUGUCAUCUGUAACUCUCCUUUAAAGAACGUACAGUCUGAGUUUACAGGCGUUUUACAUUAACACGUUGAUAUUCUACACCCGGCGUUCACUUUAAAGACCAAGUUUUGUUCUGUCUGCACCCAAGACCCGUUGAAUAAAUGUGAUGAUCAUCUCUUA